AUGAGCAUCGGCGGAGAGGACAACGAGAUUAUACUGAACGCAAGUCUGUCGAAUUCGCCCGACCGUUCGGAAGCGGAGAGUAGUCGAGCGCGUCUCGAGAGAAUUUUAGCCACAAUGAGUGCCAACGCAGUGAAAAGUGGCAUCGAGGAUAUUGCCGCGAGGCUGAAACAAAACGGAAACCCAUCCGCCGCCAACAAAUCUAACGGCUCCUCACAUUCUACCGAUCCAACCACAAUCUCCAACCACACACCAUCUAUGCAACUGAGUUGUGUUGAGUGUGGAGUGACGAAAGCUAACUCUGAAGAAAUGGAAAUCCACAUCAAAACCGAACAUCUCAAUUGGCUUCCCUUCCAAUGCCCCAUGUGUCUUGCAGAACGCGCUUCAGACUCUCAAAUGCGCGAACAUCUUCACUCUUCGCAUCAGAAGAACAUGAGCAAAUUCAUCUACGUGGAUAAUGUGACAGCGAAACGAAAAUUGCAAGUUCUAAUGGAUAAAGCGUUCUCGUUGAACGUCACCAAACGAGUGAAUGCGAACAGCUCGCUCCCAUCUUCUUCAACUGCCACGUCACCAUACUCUCCACCGAAUUUCCGUUCUGCACACUCUUCUGGAAGAAACACGUCUACAUCGAACGGCAGUGUCGCUUCAUCUUCGGCUACUGCUACUGCACAAGCUGCCGCCACCGCCAUUGUAAAUCAUCACAAGGAGAAGGAGAAACAGAACGCUCAAGUUGCUGCAGAUUUCUUCAAAUUGUUAGAAUUCCAAGGGAUGAACAACGGAGCCGCGGAGGAGCCGAAGCCACAGACGCCUUCAUCGUCUUCUAGAACGACUAGUGGAAGAAAGCGGCCGUAUGUGCCGACGUCAGCGACAGAGGCGAUUACAACAAUGGAGCUGUCGGAGCCAUCGAAUGCCGAUGCUUUCCUGGCGACGUUGAACUCGCUGAGCCAUGCACAGACUCCAGAAAACGAGGAGAACGAUAAGCCUUCGUUCUCCCUCGAUGACCUCAACAUUGACAGCACCUCCACAUUGGCAACACUCUUCGGAGGAGGCACCAAGAAAAUGAAGUACGAAGAAACAGAAGGUGCAGCUGAUUCCAUGGAGGACGUUCUCGAUUCCCUGAACCCCAUUUCGGUUCUUGACAACGUUGCCGCUCUCUUCGGAUCCACUCCUGAUAGAACGAUGGAGACUGAAACCACAAAGAAGACGUCGAGCAUUUCCAAGAAGCGAGUUCUGGGAGAGUGCUCCAAGUGCCAGAAGCCAGUGACCGCCGGUGCUCGUCAAAUGCACAUGUUCUUCCAUUUGGCGAAAGACGAAAUGAUCUUCCGGUUCCGGUGCAAACACGACGGAUGCGCUGUGGAGCACUAUCGUAAGGAUCAGAUGGAGAAUCAUCAGUCGAAGGCUCACGGGCGGAUUGACCCGGAUAUGAUGGAGGAUCGAUCGCUGGAACUGUUCCAGAAGUGUCAGGAACUAAACCACGAGCUUUUCGUUGCCCACCGCCACGGAGGAGGACACCAUCGUUCUAGCCCGCAUCAGUGGUCGGGUGGCUCGGCUGACAUGGCCGGCUACCAGGAUCUCUCCAUGGAGCUCCUUGGCACCAAAAGUGGGUCAAUUCCCGGACCAACCGCUGCGAAAGCCGAAAUCGUCUACGCCGCUCAACAAGCCGCCAACGCUCAACGGAUUGCUCAAAAAGCGAAAGCACUUGCUGCAGGAUCAUCCGCUUCUACUGCUCCAGGCUCCACUACUUCAAACGUAUACACAGGAUUCGGUCCACUGAAGCUCGUGCCCGAUGAGGAUCACCCAUUGCAAUGCAAGAUUUGCGGAAAGACAAUGCAGAAUAGGAUCCGCGGAUUCCACAUUCUCUGGCACAUGGCCAAGGACAAGGGCAUCAACCGCUACACCUGCAAAUACUGUGAUUUCGGCCACGAUCGCUCGCAAUCCGUUCAAGUUCACGGAAAGAAGGAGCACGGUACCGACGACUGUGUCGAGGACAGAAUCGGCGAGUAUCAGGAUGAUGUGAAAGAAAUGUCGGCUGCAUGCUUCGGAGUCCCCUCGGUGUUCGCUCAGGAGUCGAAGAGAAAGAACAAGUUCCCAGCGGCGGCUCCACGAGAGCACAAAGAUAUCUCAGCGAUGUUGACCAGCGGAGCAUCCCCAUUGGUGGCUUUGGAUGAAGAGGAGGUGUCGAAUGAUAGCACUUCUUUGAUGGUCAAAAUGGAAGAUGUUGAGGAGGAAGAAGAGGAAAAGCCAUUGCUUCUGAUGGAUGAGGAAGUUGAUGAUAUGGGUGAAGUAGAAGAGGUAGAUGAGGAUAUGCUUCAUGAGGAGGAUCAUGGUGAUUAUGGAGAGGAGCCAGAAGAGGAGGAAGAAGGAGAAGAGCCGACAACUAGCAGCAGUUCAAAAAGUGCGGCUUCCAGACGGAAAUCCCGCCGCGCCUUUAACAUUCGCUCCAAGAAAUCCAAAAAGCAAAAGGAGGACGCUGUCGUCGCGAGAUCUGUAUCCAUCUUGAUCGGUGGCGCGCAAUUCUACAAGAAGAAAGUCAACGAGUUUUGCUACUGUGAGAAGUGUGGCAAACAGACGAACUCUCGGCUUCCGGAACACGCCUACACCCAUAUGGAUGGCGUUUCGUUGUAUCAGUGUGCCGCGUGCUCGUUCGGCAAUCAAUGCAAGGAUAUGGUGAUGAAGCAUAUGAGAGACGCGCAUUCGGAGCUGGCGGAGCGGUGUGUUGACAAUCGGUUGUCGCAUAUCAAGGAGAUCAAGAGCCAACUCGGCGAGUGCUUCCCCGCGUUCUUUGUCGAUCAUCCGUUGCCGACGAAGGGGGAUAUUGAGAAAUUACAAAUCCUCGCUGCUGGCGGUGAUCUCAAAAUCGGUGGAAUCGAAGCGUAUCUGAAGGAGGAGUGCGUUGAUGGAGAAGACUCAUCUGAAGCUCCAGAAGAAGAGGAAGAAGACGUGGAAGAAGAUAUCGCGUCGGAAUAA